AUGUCGCAAAUGCACGCAGUGGCUGAUGAUUUCGAUGCGUCUGAAUUGAAAUUCUCUAAAGAUUUUGAGAAUGCCGAUACACUUAUGCUUGCUGAAGUUAAAAUAUUGUUGGAACAUAGAAAAGAACAAAAUGAAAAUGCAACAAUCCAUGAACUUGAAUUAUCACCAGUAUUUACAAAAACAUUAAAUUAUGUAACACAAUUUUCUAAAUUUAAUAAUCGUGAAACCAUUGAAAGUGUACGAAACCUUUUAACACAAAAACGAUUUCAUAAUUUUGAAUUAGCUUCAUUAGCUAAUUUAUUACCGGAUACAGCAGAAGAAAGUAAAGCAUUAUUACCAAGUUUAGAUAGUCCACGUUUUACAGAAGAAGAAUUACAACAAUUAUUAGAUGAAAUACAAUCUAAACGAAGUUUUCAAUCAUAA